AUGUUCAAAAAUUCGAUGCUUUCUUUGCUUCACAAAAACUCAGUAUCUCGCUCUUUAUUAUCCUAUUCAAAGAACGUUGUUGUAUUGAAUCGACAGCAAAACACCAUCAGAAAUGUACAUCGCACCUUUGUACAUUUUCAAGGUGCUCGGAAGAAUGAAGGAAUUUCUCAUAUUCUCCAACAACAACAUUCACAGAACAAGACAAAAACCGCUGCACCAGCUAAAAGCACAACAACAACUACCAAAACCACUACUGAUUCUAGAAAGAGCACUAAAGAACAAGAAGAAAUUGAUGAAUUACAAGCCUUGUUGGAUGACGAAGAAAUCCUAACCCCACAAAGAAAGAAAACUCCAUCAGCAAGCCUCAAAUCUCAGCAACAGACUCCCGCAUCAUCAGGCUCAAAAUUAGCACAAGUAGCAGGAGCUUCGGCUUUUGGUGCAGCAGCAGCCUCCAGUACAAAAGCCUCUUCUUCAUCAUCAAAAUUGGCAGACCAGAUGGGAUUAGAUGAAAAGGAAAUGCAACAAAUGAUGAAGAGUAUGGGAUUGGACGAAAGAUGGGAUCAAUACAAGGACAUGCUUGAUGCUUUCGAGGAAGGAAAAUUCGGAGGACGAGCCAGUGAAAAUUGGGACGAAGCAGAUAUGGAUGAAGAAACGAAGAAAUCGUACAAGAUGUUUGGAAAGAAUUACCUCAAAUCUUUGAAGUCUGAAUUCGAUAAGCCUGAGCUAUUUAACUUUAUCAAGACUCAAGCAGACGGCAAUGCAGGUGUUGAUUUAUCGAGUCUAGCUAGUGUUGCUGGACUGGCUGGUGCAGCAUCUGCUGGCACUCAAGCAUCACAGACAAAAGCUGGCAUAUCUUCCCAGCAACAAACAACAGCACCAAGAUCUGCACAAGCUCCAUCCACAACUCCUUCAACAAGUAAACAAAAGAAAUCGCUCACUCUGGACGAAAUUGAAAAUAUGGACCUAGAUUUGGAUGCAAAUACUGUCGCCAAAGAUUUUGAAAAUCCAGAAAUGCGAAAAGCUCUGAAGACUAUGUUUGGAGCAAAAUCUGAUGAGGAUUUAGAUAAAUUCAAAGAUGCACUGAUGAAUGUGUUUAAGGAAGGAAAGAAUAUCAAGUCUUUAGAAUCACAACUAGAGACUCAAAUGAAAGAAUUGGAUUCCAUUUUCUCAUUUGCUAAGGAUUUGCACGACGUCAAACCACCCAAAAAGAAGAAGUAA